GAUAUUUUAUCAAGUUCACAUGUGAAACAUUAGGCGCCAUAAAUUAUGGAGAAAGUCGUGUUCAUGCAGAUAAUUACACCUGCAUGGUAUAAAAGAUUGUAGCUUUCUGUCCUCACACCAUUAAAACAAGACCACUUUGCAAAAAAGCCUGCUUUAAGCUACACGGCCACCAUCUACAUUAAAGCAUUGUCCUGUCCUUGAUAAACGUUUGCAUUCUUCCCUAUAGGGUAGUGAGAGGCAAGUAAAAGAGGAACACUAAGGGCAGCUGGAUAAUUGAUGAAGAUACCCUUUUGACAACUUCACCAACUCCAGCCCCAACAUUUUGCUUAAAAAGGUGGCCUUCUAGGGUCUGAAGGCAAGACAGAGAAUUAAAAGUUGUCAAAAGCGUAGCUGGCAGCGGUGAUGAGGAUUGGCUGCCUCUCCUAUUUAAGAGCAUUCUGUCUGCAAGACAAAAAAAAGUUAAGAAGAUGGGAUCCUUCAAAAUUAAUGACCUUCAUCUAUUCUGUUCCUCUAGUAAUAUGUGUUUCUGUCUCUUGCUCCAAAGCUGCCUGCUGUUCAUAGAACUGUCAGAUGAUUCAAAGAUGCAGUAAAUUCUCAGGUAGUAGGUGUCACUCAUCCUAAUUAAUGAUGUGGUAGAUGGAGUAAAUGUUUGGCUAUUAAAGAAGUUGGAGUUGAAGUGAACUUUUUCUCAGUUUGUUGGGUUCCCUUCUCGGUUCUGUGUUUUCUUUCUUCCUCAGAUAUGGAGUCUUCCCCACUCAUCAGGGAGGCAGAAGAAUGUAGCAGCUGUGAGUCUGGUUGGACCAUGUACCUUGCAUCCCCCAUGCAUGAUGGUGGAGAUAGUGACAUUGAAGUCGUAUCUAAUGAUGAGGAAGAGGAUCAUGAUAGUGAUCGCAACAGCAACAAAAGCAAUGGUGGCAAUGAAGAUGAUGAAGAUAAUGAUUCCAUGGCUUCAGAUGCUUCUAGUGGACCAAUUCAGCACAGGCAUGGUGAUACAAAAUGUGAUCGAAGUAGUGUAAUGGGUCUUCCCAAUAAUGAUGAUGAUGACAAUGAGCUUGAAGACGAUGAGCGUAAUCAGCACUCAUCAUACUCAUCCAACAAGGUUUGCGGGGUGAACAAAAUGAGAAAAGGAGGAAGGAUUGGUGUUUCUCACAGGGAAGAUGGUGGUACUCUUUUCCACACCAGUUCCAAGGUGAGGAAGACAACUGAAAAAUGAUAAUAUGAAUGCUUUCUUUUUGCUGCUAUGAAAAGAAGAUCUUUCCUAUAUGUUUUCGGAUGAGAAGCUUGGAAUUCAGUACGGAUGCCAACUAGUUCUAAGAGAAGCUAUCUGCAAAUGAAUAUAAAGGCAUUCUGUUGUUUUGGGAUCAAUCACAAGUAACAUAGAAUAUCCAAGGCUUGUAAUCCAAGUUUGAAGCUUGUUCAUUCCAAC